AUGCAUCCAUACAAAUGGCGAUAUUGCCCUACUGAUAACAACCCGGCAGAUCUUCUAACAAGAGGACUUACAAUUGAAAAAUUUGACCAGAGUAUACUUUGGCGGAAAGGACCACAUUGGUUAAUAGAUAGUACAAAAUGGCCAGAACUAAACAGCGCAACAAACACCGUUUUGAAGUCACUGGUAGAUGACAGAGAAAAUGAAGAGGAAUUGGACAACUUGAAUAUGACGCACCAAAAUAGUCUAAGCAGUAUAAAAAACAUAUUGGAUAUUUCGAACUAUGGAUCUUACAUGAAGUUAUUACGUAUUACCGCGUAUGUCAUCCGUUUUAUACGCAACUGUAGACGGGAUAGGAUUUCCAGAAAAAGCGGACCACUGGAGGUAAAUGAAAUUCAAACAGCAGUAAAUACUUGGAUUCUAGAUUGUCAAGAGUCUACGUAUACAGAUGAAAUGUCAUAUCUGAGAGGAGCACAACACAGAAACACAAAUAAAGUACCCAGAGUCCGACAAUUGGGACUUUUCUUAGACGAAACCGGUCUUAUUAGAUGUAACGGGAGAAUACACAACGCACCAAUACCAGAAUCAGCGAAAUUUCCGUACCUUAUACCGGCAAAUCAUCCGUUAACUAGACUAAUUGUAUUGGACGCACACGAAAAGUUACUUCAUAGUGGAAUGAAUGCUACAGUCACCUAUAUUAGACAAACGUUUUGGAUACCAACCAUUCGACAGUAUGCAAAGAAAUUACUCCGCAAAUGCGUUAUUUGCCGCAAAGUGAAUGGAAAAUCGUACGUUGCACCAGACCCACCACCUUUACCAAAAAUCAGAUUACAGGAAGCACCCCCAUUUACAGUGACUGGAGUGGACUUUACAGGAGCAUUACUUGUAAGAGACGAAAAUAGAAUUUUAACAAAAGCAUAUAUAUGCCUGUUUACCUGCGCUUCUACCAGAGCCGUUCAUCUAGAGGUGGUACCGAACCUAACCGAACAUUCGUUUGUUCAAGCUUUUAGGCGUUUCGUAAGCCGCAAAUCAAUACCUAAGACACUUAUAUCAGAUAAUGCAACUACUUUCAUCGCAGGAGCAGAGGAACUAAAAAGAUUAUGUGAAUCGGCAACACUAAAAGAAACGUUGUCUACACGAGGAAUAGAAUGGAAAUUCAUACCAAAACGCGCACCGUGGUAUGGUGGAUUCUGGGAGAGACUUAUUGCGCUAACAAAGACAAGCUUGAAAAAGACACUAGGACGAACUCAAGUUAGUAUGGAAACUCUACAGACUGUCGUGACAGAAAUAGAAAGAAUUUUAAAUGACAGGCCACUUACAUAUUUUUCAUCAGAUAUCAGAGAUUGCGAGACGUUAACCCCAGCUCAUCUUUUGUAUGGUAGAAGAAUAUCAACACUGCCAUAUCCGCAAAUAGACAUAGAGGAAUUCAACGAUCCAACCUAUAUGAACCACAAAGACAAACUUUAUUAA